AGUAUAAGUGUGAAAUAUAACCUUUUGAAAACGCUUUCUUGAAAAUGCAGUCUCCGGCGUUUGUGGUACUUUCUCUCGUGGCGUUGUUGGCAGCGAUCGUCGAUGGUCGCCUUCGUGAUAUGGACAACCCAACGGACGCACACAGCCCUUCCGUGAACACCACCGGGAAAGUCCUGCAGAAGAACGUCCAGUACGCGUCGGGCAGUAUCCCGGCGGGAGACUGCCUCCCGGUGGAGUAUUACUUCACCGAUAAAGACAACAAAUUAUGGCGGAAAGACCAGGGAAAGGAUAAACUGGUGAAGAUUGCCGAUAACACCCGUUCGGCCUUCACAGCGUGGGACGAUUCCGUAUGGAGCGUGGAUCAGGAAGGUACACCCUCCCGUUUCCACUUCAACGGCAGCCUGGAGAAGGUGCCAAACAGCGACAAAAAAUUCCUGACGAUUGCGCCGGUAUCCUUCGUGGAGGCGUACGCUAUCAGCACCGACGGCGAUCCAUACCGUUAUGUCGCCGGUAAAUGGAUCCUCCUGGACGCCGGUAGUGAUAAGAAGACGCUGAGCAGUAUCGGUGUGGGAAUGGACGGCAGUGUUAUUGCAGGCAGCCGAAAGAACAUCAAGAUCUUUGCCUUUGACCACGGCACCCAAAAAUUCAAGCCCUACGAAAUCAACGGUUUCGGUGGGGAUAUCUAUGACGCCGAUCACGUGAUUGUCGUCAAGGAUAAGGAUUUCAAUGUGAAGGCCAAAUCAGGAGGGAAAUGGACAGAGCUCAAGGAGAAGUGUCAACGGACGUCGGCUUUCAGUGCCGACCAGUUCUACUGUACCAAUCCCAACGGUGAUGUCCUGCUUGUUCAUUAUCCAUAAAAAUGUUUGCAAGUAUCCGCAAUAAAUAAUUUAGCGUUUGAUAUGCUGAAUGGCAAAAUUAAUGUAAUAAAAUAGCCGCCGGAGCGUUAAGUAUUACGAUUACCCGGAGUCUGUGUGUAUUGUACGACCCGUUUUUGUGUGGUGCAUUUAAAUAUCUCUUCCGUACGUGGUUAAAAGGAGUGGCAGCUUGGAAGAAAAUCUUUAUAAGACCGUAUUAAUAAAAGAUAAUUUUGCUUAUCCAAAUUGAAUUUCACCUAUCCCAGCGAAGCAUGCUCUGUACACUUUAGUGUAUCGCUUAUUACCAUUUAAAUUAUUUUGUAUGAAUGCUAACUCAA